AUGCGAGCCUUUCUAAAGAGUUCGGAGGGACGUUUUCAGCUGAAGCCGCACACCACGACAAUAGGCAGGCACGAAGGGUCCGACAUUGUCCUGCAGUCCGCAGGUGUAGCGGAGCAUCACGCGGCCCUCGAAUUCACCGCCUCGGACAACAGCUUCGUCCUUCAGGACUUCAACUCUCUCCACGGCACCUUCGUCAAUGGUUGCCAAGUCCAAAACGCGGCCGUCAGAGUGAGCCCGGGGGAUAUCCUGCGAUUUGGCGCAGGGGGAGCAUCCUUCGAGCUGGUGGUGGAUGGGGCUGCCCAGGGUGAAAAGCUUCUGCGACUGGCGAAGGAAAUCGGUCGCCUUUCUGGAUUGGAAACAGAAUCGAAGCAGAAAGAUGCAGUGAUAAGAGCUCUGCAGGAUGAGAUUGCGGCGAUGGCAAAGACCCUGGCUCAGGCGGCGGCGAGGAACGAGGUAGAGCUGACUCAGAAGCUGCUCACCUUUGACCGAGAGCUGGGAGCCAAAACGGAGGAGAUCAAAGUCUUGAGGGAACAGAUCAGCAACUUGCAGAAAGGCUCGAGCCAGGUUUUCAGCCAUUCCCUCUACGAAAGAGACCUGGAGAUUGGAAGGCUGCGACAAGAAGGCGAGAAGUUGAAGAGGGCCCGGGCUUUGGCUGCAGGUCUCGUGACCAGCCUGCAAAGAGAGGUGGCCGGGAAGGAGCAGAAAAUCCAGCAACUCGAGCAAGAAGUUGAGAAAAUGAAGAAGGAAAACAGAGAAAAGGACAAUCAGCUAGCAGUCGUUUCUGCCAAGGUUAACGUCCCUCCCGAGGGGCUCAGUAAUUUACGGUCUCGCAUACGGCGCAUCGGGGAGCUGGAACGUGACCUGGAGGGGCUGCGGGGGGAAGCCCAGAAGUCUCGCGCCGAGCAGGAGAGCAUCCGAAACCAGCUGGCCGAGAAAGCCAAGGUAGCCGUCCGGCUGCGGGGUAUGCGGCGGAGGGCAGGGAGGGACGGGCACGCUGAGGAGGAGCUGAAGGAAGCCUGUGCCAGGCAAGCUCUGCAGCUGCAGGAGAUGGGGCGCAGGGAGCGCCUGCGGAGAGCCGAGGUGGGGCGGGCCAAGGAGCAGCUGGAGUCCCUCAAAACCCAAGUGAUGCGAGUCUGUUCUCCAGCAGCAGCAGGCAUCGCGGGGAAAGCCGUAACGGAGCAGCAGGUGAUAGAGAAGGUCAGGCAGAUCUCCGACGAGAACCAACAGAGGCACGAGAGAGAGAAGCGUCUGCAGGAGGAAUUAAGCUCCAGACUCUCGAAGGAAAAGGAGGUGUCUGCAAAUGUUGAGGUGUUCAAGAAAUCCCUGCGGGAGCUCCAGGCUUGCCUGAGGAGCUCCUGCAGCAGCGACAGCCUGCGAGGGGAGCUGGGCAGGCUGGAGGCGGUGCGCCUGGACCCCUCCGUCUCGGCCGUCGGGGCGGCGGUGGUGGAAGUGGCACGUGCCGCCCUGUCCUGGCUGGAGGGCGCGGAGCGGCUCCUGGCCAGCGCGGGGAUGGACCCGCGCGCCUCCGGCGAAGUCGAAGUGGGCUCUGCCUCGGUGGCAGAGAGGAAACGCUCCUUGGCUGCGACUGUGGCCGCGGUGCGGGCCGAGAUCGGAACCCCUUGGCUCGCGGUUGCGACCCGACAGGAGCACGUACAGUGCCGCAGCCUGGGAGGGAAGGCCACGUCAAGUGUGUUGUCUGGGUAUCCCUACGAGCGCAGGGGGGACUGUGCGGGACGUUGGUGGCGGUCCCUUCUCCUCCCUGCUGCCUAUGGAGGAACGUGGAACCCCACCAGCCGGGGCGGGGAGCGAGGGCUGAAGGUCAGCGGUGGCCAAAGGGAGUUUGGCAAGGAGGCAAGCGGCGUCCCCAGGCCUCCGAGGAUGCUCCGGGUGGUGCGCGUGGGCUGCGUGAGCACCCCGGCCAGCCAGACCCCGUUGGCUUUUUCAGAGUUGUGGGCUGCUCUCGGGAGACUGUUGGAAAACAGUCAGGAAACGGCGCGGAGGAAUCGGACGUUACAGGCCCAAUUAGAGAGGGCCCGGGAGUCGCAGGCGGCUUUGCUGCAGGAGCACGUGAAGGAGCUGGAAGCGAAACACGAGCAAGACCUACAGAUAAAAAUGAAGCAAAUUAUAUGGGAAAAGGACAAGGAGAACAGAGAGAUUGUGGAGAGCGCUGUCGCCAAGGAGAAGGAGAAGUGCGAGCGAUCCGUGGAGGAAGAAAAGCAGAAGAUCCGAGAUCUGGAGAGCCACCUGAGAAGCCUGACUGAGGCCGUAGCAAGGAAGUCACAGGAGCAGGAGGUUACAGGCUGCAACCUGAGAGAAGCUGUGCGGGAGCUGGAGGAAGCCGCGAGGCGAGAGAUGGCGUUACGGCAGCAGGUACUGGCGCGAGACGAGCAGCUCAAGGCCCUUCGGGAGGAGAAUGAGUUACAGAGGCAGAAACUGCAGGAAGAAAUAGUGGAAUACAAAGAGCAAAGCAAGCAGCAUUCCCUGACAAUCGUGGCUUUAGAGGACAGCUUGCUGGAGGCCAAGCAGCAGCAGAAGACGCUGGAGGAGGAAAACGCAGUGCUCGUGGAAAAAACGGAAGGGUUUCGGGGUGGUGGCUGCGAGGCGACGUCGGGAGCUUGGCCGGAGGUGUCUCCGGCCGCGGAGUCGCACGGUUGUCUGAGGAAAUUCAGGGAGGAGCUGGCAGCGGCGCAGAGCGUGCUCCUGUGCAAGGAGGCCGUCAUCGCCGGACUGACCAAAGAGCUUGCGGAAACCAGAGCCAGGAUGUCGGACAUGAGAGGGGAGCUGAGCGAGGAGCAGAAGGCGGAACUGGAGCGGAACCUGAGCCGGGUGAAACAGCAAGAGCGGGAGCUGAACCUGCUCAGAGAGAAGCUAUCCCAGAUGUCGAGCCUCGUGGAGAAGAAGGAUCGAGCCCUGAAAGCAACCGCUGAAGAGUUAAGGCAAGCCCAAGCCCGCUGCCGGGCGCUCAAGGAUGCCUCCCGAGAAAUGGCGGAAAAGCCGGAGGAUGCUCCUGGGACAGCAGCGCAGGCGGGUGAAGCCUCCGAGAGGGAGCCGGCGUUGGACUUGGCCGAGCUCGGCGCGAAAUGCCGAGGCCUCAGGCACGAGGAAACGAUUCAGCGCCAAAAAGAAGGCCUGGCUGAGCUCCGGGAGAGGAUAAAGAUGCUGGAGAAGAGGCAGCCGUCAGCUGUCGCGAGCGAGGGUUCGGAGCCGCUGGUGCUCCUGAUGAAAGACCUACCGGAGCGAAUAGUCCAGAAAACAGGUCUCGAGAAGGAGCCCGCACCCGUGUUGGGAGCCAAACCGAAGACCGGCAAGGUUCCUGGCCACGUUCGGAACGGGAACUCGCCCGGGGCCACCGAUGGGGCAGCGAGCUCGGAGCUGGCUGAGGCGACGGACCUUGGCGAGAAGAUGUACCUUGACGUCAUUGGUGCUCUGGGAAGCCUGAUGAAGGUGAAGGAGCUGUCAGGAAUGCAGCCGCUGAAGCACCUUUCUCGGGAGGAGAGGGUAAAAGCGGGACUGCGGAGACGGAAGGACCUGGAGCUGCUGUGCGAUAAGAUCAGGAACCUCAAGAGUCGCCUGGAAAGAAAAGAAGAAAUGCUGAAAGAUUACGAGGCCAACGUGGAGCAGCUGAGGCUGAACCAAGCAUCCCUGCGAAGGUGCCGGGCAGAGAGGUCCAAACUAGAAGAGGAAGCCUAUAGGGAGGCAGAAGAGAAGGCUCUGCUGAAAGAGGCUCUGGAGAGGACGCAGCUCCAGCUGAGCCAGGAGAAGAGGCUGCUGCGAGCGGCCAAACUGCGCAAGGUGAGAGCGCGGGAGCGGGCGAGCAAGGUCCACGCGGACGCCGGGAGUGCCAGGAACCACCCUGGAGCCAAGAAGCUUUUCUGCUCGGGAAAGCUGAAGGCCAAAGAGCGCACAGCAGAAGCUGUCAAGACGGGAAGCACAUAG